AGUGUAGCUGUCAUCAAAAGUCAAAGAGUCGAAGAGUUUUCCUAUUAUUUUCCUACAAAAUAAUGUUUUCUACGCUGAACAAAUAAACAAAGUUACAAUAUGUAAAUGACAGAGAUCCUAAAUCUGGUGUUACGAUAAACAAUUAGAAGAAAAUUCGAGUGAAGUGUGCAGUUACGAAACCGUGUAUUUUGUAGAACAAAUUGCCAACUGGACAUUGUAAAUAUAAUAAAAAAAAAGUUUCGCUUCGGUUCAACUAAUCUGAAUGUGUGUUACUUUCUAGUUGUUUUGCUUAUCUAUGCAAAUUUAAUUACUUGCGUCAGGGCGUUUUUGGUUUUAGUCAGUAUUUGUGUUAUCAACAAUGAACUUAUUUAACGCCAGUGAUUAUUAAAAUGUUCGGUCUACUGUAAUAAACGUUGGAAAAACACUAAAAUAAAUAGAAAAAUCGAUUUUAACUGGCCAAUAUGUUCAAUCGAAUUAAAAAUCGUGUUCUAACAGCCGUCAGCCCAGAUGUCCUUGCAAUACCAGCUGCUGGACAUUCGACAUCGUCCCCGAACAAAACGUCAAAUCGAAAUUUACCCGACAAAUUUACGUAUGCCAGACCACCGUUUUUACAAUUGAUGACACAAGAUGAAUUAAAAGCAUCAGCUGAUCAUAAUGUACGACCUAUCAUCGUGCCGAGGGACAUAGCCAUUAUGCCGUUUUGUACGGGUUAUGCGGAAUGCGUCAAUUCGGGAAAAUCGGAAUGGAAUGAAGAUCAAGCAGCGUUUCAUCGCCACAUUUUAUCCCAUCCAAGCAAACAAUAUCCCGACUUGCCUUAUAUUUAUUUCGGAACAUUUGAUGGACAUGCUGGCUAUGGUGCUGCGUUAGCUGCAUCCAAUCAAUUCCAUUACAUUUUGCAUGAGAAAUUAGUCGAUGUGAUUGAUAUGUUAAUGCCGGCAGUGACAUUUGCUGCACCAGCACCAUCGUUUCCACAUCCAAUGACCUUUCAGCGAAGCGUAUCAAAAGAUGAGCUCAUUAUCGGUGCAUUAGAAUCGGCAUUCAUCGAAAUGGAUGCUCUGCUGGCAGAAGAUCGUGACAAGUAUCGAAAUGCUGGCGGUUGUACCGCUCUCGUAACAUUGUUCAUUUUCGGUAAAAUGUUUGUAGCAAAUGCUGGCGAUUCUCGAGCUGUCUUAUGUCAACGUAUGUCCAAGAAAGUAUUCAAAAUGCACUCGAAUUCGGUGAUACCAAACUCUGUAGAACGUGAGCUGAAUAGCCGUGAUGGAGAGGAGGCCAGUGAUUCGGAGAUGCAUAUCUUUCCGAUUUCAUUUUCACAUGAUCAUACACCGGAUACGGAACGACCAAGACUGAUGUCAACGGGAAAAUUGAAUCCGACCUUGAUGGGAGGAGCGUACGUAGCUAUGGAAUAUGCAAAGCGUCCAAUGUUCAAGGAUUUGGGUCAAAGAGUGUUAUACCGUCAAGGAUCGAUGAAAGGAUGGGCGUACAAAACGUUAACCGCUGAUGAUUUACGAAUGCCUAUCGUAACCGGUGAGGGAAAACGAAGCCGUUUGUUGGGAACCAUCGGUGUAACAAGGGGAUUCGGUGACCACGAUUUACGCGCCUUAGGAUCAGGACUUCCAAUCAAACCAUUCCUUUCGCCACAUCCAGAAGUUAAUUAUCGCGAUCUGUCCAAAGUAAUAUCCAUUCCAUCCGACAAUAAUGAGGAUGGCGAUUACGGAAUUUUAGUGAUGGCAACGGAUGGACUGUGGGAUGUUGCCGAUAUCGAAUCGGUUAGCAAUACGGUGUUCAAAACACUAAACAAGUAUCCAACCGAAAAGCAUCGCUACACAAUGGUGGCACAAGAACUGGUAGCAAAAUCACGAGGACGGGUCAACGAAUCAAACCAUUGGCGUUUGGCACAUAGCAAAGCAGCCGCAACCGUUGAUGACAUAAGUGUAUUUGUGAUACCGGUGGUCCAGUAUUAUAAGGAAUAUUGUUUGUGGGAAAAGCAGUGUGCGGAAAAUUUCGAUAAGCCAGCAAACGGAAUGUCCAGUGAAUCAUCGACGGAAGAGGUUGAGAUCGAAAUAACAUCAGACGUGAAUGAAUUGCAGCCGAAUGCGGUGGAAACGGUCGAAGGGGUCGAAAUUGGCGAGACAAUCAUAGAUAAAAGAAAUUUAAAAAAAAAAUGUUUUACUCACCUCGAACAAAGUCGCAUAGCAGAAUUGUAAACGGAUAGAACGCUGAUUAUCAAAUGCAUCGACAGCGUCAAUAUUAAUCCAGAACUUGCUGC